AUGAGCACAUGGUGUGCAUCUGAGUGGUAUCCGCAGCACUGACGAUAAGACCGAAACUGAAGAAGAGCACUCAGCAUCACGCGGGGCACUGUUCACGUCUCCUGAGGAAGGUUGUACACAGACAUUCCUGAGGCACUCCUCCAUGAUGCAGCACUUGGAUUGUGGAACACACAAGCGCACUUUAGAGAACGAGACAUUCUUCGACAAAGCUGCCCAACAAUAUGCAGAACAAUUCGAGGGGCAAGCCAUUGUGGUGCCAGUAGUCAGCACUGUGAGCACACGAGCAGGUCACACAGACAGCCAACCCAUGGGCUAUGCACUCAAGCCACGUGCUACACGGAGGACUAGGUUAACAGCAAACCAAAAGUCGUAUCUAACUACAAAGUUUAAGCUUGGAGAGCAGACUGGAAGUAAGGCAGAUCCUGCAGCUGUUGCGAGAUCAAUAAUGUGUUCAAAGGAUGCAACUGGAGAUAGAUUGUUUUCAAGCAACAAGUUUCUUACAGCAACCCAAAUAGCUGGCUUCUUCUCACGCCUUGCUUCAAAGAAAACCCUCGAGAAUGACGAUCAGGAAAGUGUAGAGGUCGCUGCACAUAAGGCCUGUCUAGAAAGUAUUGUUAAUGAGGCUGCGAGUGAGAUUUCGCCUAAACAUCCUAUUGUCUAUAACGCCUAUAAUCUUUGGGAAAUGGUGUCCCAAAAGAAGCUGAAUGAAUUUUCCAUUACUAUUUUAAAGGACAUUUGCACUUCCCUUGGUUUGACACUGCAGGCCUAA